UAAAAAAAUAUGUUAUUGAUUUCGAUUCUUUGAACAUGUGUUAGAGGACGUAUCCAUGGGAGUAUGAUGUGGCAUAUAUAGUGGUGUAUGCGUAAAUCGUUUAUUCUAAAAAAACAAUUUGUGUAUCCAUCAAACUGGUUAAAAUACUCUCCAAUAAAAAUUGGAUAAAAUUUUAGAUACUUGUGACACGUUUUUUAAGAUGCUAAACGGUGUAUUUCACUCUAAAAUAUUAAAUUAAUAUGUUUUUCAAGUUUAUAAUAAUUAAAACUCAAUUAAUCAUAUGUUAAUACCAUCUUGUUUUGUGUAAAAUACUUAAUCUUCGUCAUUUUUAGGAGAAAAGAGCAUCACCUAGUCUAGUCUAACAUAUUUGAGCCAAUGUGUUUGCGAGGAAAAUAUCAUGGAAGAUGUGAGUUUUUUAGAGGUGGAAGCCGAGGAUUACAAGGUAGUCACUGGUCAGAUUAGCGGCUUGAGUUGUGUGAUACUGUGAUGAAAUGGCCGGUGAUUUCUGUGGUGGUAGUAGUGGCUUGUGGGUCCAAAUCAAUAAAUCAUCAUCAUGGGACAAAAUAAACUAGAGAUCGCCAGAAAACAGGAGAAAAAUGACCAUACUCCCCCUGCGCUGCGCAGCCCCGCGCGAACAUCUGCAAGCUGACGAAAUGAAGCAUCAAACACCUAACCCAAAAACUAAUCGCUUCCGACGUUAAGCUUCUCCAUUAAAUAACGCGCGAAAAAUCUCAAAUCUCCCUCACUUACAAUCACCAAGCUUGCUUGCCUCGCUGGCCUUCCUUGUCUCCUUCCACCCACCAAUGGAGGCUCCUCUCCACCUCCCCCUCGCCACCGCCUCCUCCUCCUCCUCCGGCGCCACCGCCGACGAGUCUUCCUCCUCGCCUUCCACCGCCAGCAUCGUCGCCCGCGUCGUGGCCGUCCUCGCCGUCGCUUCUGUCUCACUGUUCGCGCGGCACGAGGCCUCUAAAGGCUUCCACGUCGACAUCGUCAACGCCGCGCCGCGCGACACCGUCGCCGGCCGGCGGUUCGACCUCUUCUUCGUGUCCAAUGGCAAGGCGGAGCGCAUCCUCCACUACGCCAACCGCGGCGUGGAGGCGGCGCUGUUCCCGGACGCGUCGUUCCCGCGCAAGCAGGUCACACGUGUCACCGUCAGGAUGGCCGGGCACAACCUCACCGACGACGACGACGCGACGGUGAUCGCCGCCGGUGUGGCUCCCGGGGAGUACGUCAUUUCUCUGAGCCCCAGGCUCAUGCACCCCGCCAGCGACAAGGCCGCCGACGCCGUGGCGAACGCGGUGCGCCGCGCCGUGGCGCGCAUGUGGCUGUGGGACGGCCGCGGCGCCGCUCCGGCGCGCGUCACGGAGGCCAUGGUGGACUACCUCUCCUCCGGCGCCGACGCCGUCGAGGCCUCGCCGGCUAACGACGACGACGACGACGACGCCCCGCACUGCAUGUCGGCGCGGUUCCUGGGGCACCUGGAGCGCCGCCGCGGCGGGUUCGUCGCGCGGCUGAACCGGGCAAUGAGGGACCGGUGGAGCGACGCCGCCAUGGACGCCGCGCUCGGCGUGCCCGCCCGGCCGGUCUGCGCCGCGUACCGCGCGGCGGCGGCGGCGGCGGCGCUGACUCAGCAGCAACCACCGGCCGCGCUGGCUGGCUCCACGUCAGCCGGCGACGGGUCCAGGGUGGCAAUGUGAGGCAGCAAGCAAGGCAAGGGCAGUUUGGGUAUCACGCAUCCACGCGCGUCGCUUCCCAUGUAAUUAAUCCACUAUUAGCGACGAUAAUUAAGUAUGGGGUGGGUCAUUACCUCGCCUCUAAUCGUGGUUGAAGGCGAAUUACCGGUCGCUGUCCAAGCUAUUUUGUAUGUCAUUACUGUGGGUUAAUCAGAUUAAAUUAACCCUGUCCUUUGUGCAUCCGAAUUAAAUUAUAGUGUAUGAAUGUAUGAUGUUAAUUACUAGCA